UUAGAGGUUAGAAUACAAUAUUGAAACAAUUCAACUAGAAUUUCAUAUUUAAUAAAAUGAAGAAAAUAAGAAAAAUUUUACAUUAAUAAUUAAUAAAUUAUAAUUAUAAUGCUACCUAAGAGCAUACAAAUAUGUAAAAAUAAUUUACAAAUAGUUCGACAUGUAUCUUCAAAAUUUCCAUCAACUGAUAUUGCCGAUUUGGGUGAUAAUAAUGCACCACCACCUUCCAAUGCAAAAGUUGUUAUAUGCGGAGGUGGAGUUAUGGGAGCUGCUGUGGCAUAUCACUUAGCGGAAAAAGGUUGGGGAUCAGAAACUACUAUCAUCGAAAAGGGACGAAUCGGUGGGGGAGCUACAUGGCACCAUGCAGGUUUAGUAGGAGCUUACAAGCCUAGUUUAGCACAAGUAAAAUUAGCACAAUCUAGUAUUGAAUUGUACAAAACAUUAGAAGCACAGGGCUUUUCAACUGGUUGGAAACAAUGUGGCAGUUUAAAUAUUGCCAGAUCCAAAGAUCGUAUGACAGUAUUUAGACGAAUGAAAGCACAAGCAAUUGCUUGGAAUAUAGACUGUGAAUUAGUAACGCCAGAACGAUGUCAUGAGCUCUGUCCAAUUAUUAAAGUUGACGAUAUUGAAGGUGCGUUAUGGAUUCCUGGAGAUGGUGUUGGAGAUCCCUAUAAAAUAUGUGUUACGUUAAUUAAACAAGCGAAAAUGAAAGAUGUAAAAGUAAUUGAAAAUUGUGCUGUAACACGUAUUAUUCAGGAGAACGAUGAAGUAGUUGGUGUAGAAACUGAAAAGGGGACAAUAAAAUGUGAUUAUUUUGUAAAUUGUGCGGGUUUUUGGGCCCGUGAAGUUGGUCAAUUAACUGAACCUUACGUUAAAGUGCCUUUACAUGCUUGUGAGCAUUAUUAUUUACAUACAAAACCAAUUCCAAAAUUAAAUCCAAUGACCCCAGUGGUCAGAGAUUUAGAUGGUUAUAUUUAUUUUCGUGAAAAUCAUGGACGAUUAUUAGCUGGCGGCUAUGAACCAAAUGCUAAGCCAGCAUUUGAAGAUGGUUCCAUUCAAGUCUCUGAAACGGAUCGUUAUUUACCCGAAGAUUGGGAUCAUUUUCAUAUUCUGUUAGAACAACUAUUAAAACGUAUUCCACUCUUGGGAAAUGCGGUCUUAGAACGUUUAUGUAACGGCGCUGAAGCAUUCAGUCCUGACUGUAAGUGGAUUGUUGGUGAAAGUCCUGAAAUCAGGAACUAUCUAGUGGCAGCAGGAAUGAAAGCAGUUGGAAUUUCAGCAGCAGGCGGUGUUGGCCGAGCGACGGCUGAUAUUAUAAUAAAUGGUUAUACAAAUUACGAUAUGUAUGAAUUAGAUAUAUCGAGAUUUUUGGGUCUUCAUAAUAAUAGGAAAUUUUUACGGGAUCGAGUUAAAGAGGUUCCAAGCAUUCACUAUGGAUUACCGUAUCCAUUACAUGAAUUUGAAACGGGUAGAAAUCUACGUAUGUCACCGAUAUAUCCAGCAUUACGUGAAGCAGGUGCAGUUUUUGGUCAAGUUAUGGGAUAUGAAAGGCCGAAUUGGUUUGAUCCAGAUCAUGUUCCCAGUCCUGAUCAUACUUCAGUUGUUGGUACACGACCAUUUAGAAUUGCGUACACAAAAACAUUUUAUAAACCACCAUGGUUUGAUCGUGUCGCUGCAGAAUAUGCAGCUUGUAGAGAAACAGUUGGUUUAAGUGAUUAUUCAUCAUUUACGAAAAUUGAUCUUUGGUCGAAAGGCAACGAAAUUGUAAGAGCACUUCAAUAUGUAUGUUCAAACGAUGUUGAUGUUCCCGUUGGAAGUAUAAUUCAUACAGGAAUGCAAAAUGAAAAUGGAGGCUAUGAAAAUGAUUGUUCUUUAGCUCGAUUAUCACCAAAUCAUUACAUGAUGAUCGCACCCACAAUCCAACAAACACGAUGUAAAGUAUGGUUACAAAAACAUUUAUCAAAGGAUCGUAGCAUUGCAAUGUCAGAUGUGACCAGUAUGUUUACAGCAAUAUGUAUAAUGGGUCCAUUCACAAGAACGUUACUAUCGGAAUUAACUGAUACCGAUUUAAGUCCGAAAAAUUUCCCAUUUUUCACAUAUAAACUACUGGAUGUGGGCUUAGCAAAUGGUAUACGUGCUAUGAAUUUAACACAUACCGGUGAACUUGGCUACGUUCUAUAUAUACCAAAUGAGUUUGCUCUGCAUGUUUAUUUGAAAUUAAUUGAAGUUGGACAAAAGUAUGGUUUACAACAUGCUGGUUAUUAUGCAACGAGGGCGUUACGUGUUGAAAAGUUUUAUGCGUUUUGGGGACAAGAUUUAGAUACGAAAACAACACCAUUAGAAUGUGGUCGAUCAUGGCGAGUUAAAUUUGAUAGAGGUAUGGAUUUUAUUGGACGAGAUGCUCUUUUAAAGCAACGAGAAGAAGGCGUAAAACGUAAAUAUGUACAAUUAUUAUUAACGGAACACGAUCAUGAACUUGAUUUAUGGCCAUGGGGUGGUGAACCUAUCUACCGAAAUGGAAAAUAUUGUGGUCAAACGACAACAACCGGUUUUGGAUUCACAUUUAAGAAACACGUGUGUCUUGGAUUUAUUCAAAAUUUAAAUCAGAAAAAUGAACCAGAUAUUGUAACGAACGAGUAUGUUUUGGAUGGAGACUAUGAAGUUGAUAUUGGUGGCAUUAGAUUUAGUGCCAAAGUACAUUUACAUUCUCCGAAUUUACCUACGAAAUAUCCAGAUCAAGAACGAGAAGCUUAUAAAGCUACACGAGAUAAAACUAAAGAAGAACCAUUGUUAAUAACUGUUGAUAAAUAAAAAACUUAUUUUAUGUAAAUAUGUAAUAUUGUAUUGAAAUGUUUUACUGUAAAUUCAACUGAAUUAAUUUUUAUUUUAAACAAAUAGAAAGAAAUGAAAAAAAAUUACACAAAAAUCGGGACUCGAUCCAGGAUCCUUUAGAUAUCCGCUCUAGGACGUAAUCAAUUAUAUGUAACCUUUUCGCGUCUUAUUCUAUUUGUAUGCUUAUACACAAACAGUUCCCACUGCUCAUAUAAAAGAUACAAAUUACAUAUUUUUAUUAUGAAAUCAAAUUUGUAUAUUAAUAUUAAUAAUUUAUAAGUCGAAAGUUAAGAUGUCAAAAGCUAUUAAACCUUUACGUUAUACUUUUUUUGCCACGUUAUUAUUUUCA